AUGACGCAGGCACCCAAACGCAAAGCCGCCGCCGACGCCACGGCGCCGAAGGAGCGGCAGUCGAAGCUGGCGAAGGAGCACAACAUCUCGGCGCGCGAGGAGCGCGAGAUCAAGGAGUCGUUCGCGCUGUUCGCGGAGCCCAUGGAGGGCGAGAAGGAGGGCGUCAUACCGACCAGGGAUGUGAGGAGGGCUAUGGUCGCCCUCGGCCUCCCCCCAAGCAAACGCGAGCUCCAGGAAUUCCUCGAGAUCCUCGACCCCGACGAGGAGGGGUACGCGUCCUACGAGCCCUUCGUCGCCAUCUGCGCCCUGAAGCUGCACGCGCGCCCGGACACCGGCGGGCCCGCGCCCGACGAAGUCGACGAGGCGUUUCGGUUGUUCACGGGCGGUGGUGGCGGUAUUGGUGGAGGGAGUGGUGGUGGUGGUGGUGGUGGUGGUGCAACGCUGACGCUGGCGCAUCUGAAACGCGUCGCCAUGACGCUCAAGCAGGAUGUUGACGAGCAGCUGCUCAAGGACAUGAUUCUCGAGGCGAAUGGUGGCGCUGGGGUCGGGAAGGGGGUCGGUAGGGCGGAGUUCGAGGAGGUUAUGCGGAGGGCGGGGGCUUGGAAGUGA